AUGUCGAAAGGUCCAGCUGUUGGUAUCGACUUGGGGACGACUUUCUCUUGUGUUGGUGUAUUUCAACACGGCAAGGUGGAGAUUAUUGCCAAUGAUCAAGGCAAUCGUACCACCCCGAGUUAUGUCGCUUUUACGGAUACGGAGCGUCUUAUUGGUGAUGCUGCCAAGAAUCAGGUGGCUAUGAAUCCCAGCAACACGGUAUUUGAUGCCAAGCGAUUGAUAGGACGUCGUUUUGACGAUAAGGCAGUGCAAGAUGAUAUGAAGCAUUGGCCUUUCAAGGUGAUCAACUCAGGAGGCAAGCCAAAGAUCGAAGUUGAGUAUCGUGGUGAGACAAAGCAGUUCAGCGCAGAGGAGAUCUCAUCCAUGGUACUGUCAAAGAUGAAGGAAACUGCAGAAGCGUACUUGGGCAAGAAGGUAUCAGAUGCGGUUGUCACAGUGCCGGCUUACUUCAAUGAUAGUCAACGCCAGGCAACGAAGGAUGCGGGUGCGAUAUCGGGUCUGAAUGUAUUACGUAUUAUCAACGAACCGACAGCGGCUGCCAUCGCCUACGGUUUGGAUAAGAAGGUAGGCAAGGAGCGCAAUGUACUUAUUUUCGACUUGGGUGGCGGCACCUUCGAUGUGUCCAUCCUAUCCAUAGAGGAUGGCAUCUUUGAGGUGAAGUCGACUGCCGGUGACACGCACCUUGGUGGUGAGGACUUCGAUUCUCGCCUGGUUAGCCACUUUGUGGAGGAGUUCAAGCGAAAGCAUAGGGGGAAGGAUUUGACAUCGAAUAAGAGAGCCAUCCGUCGACUGAGAACGGCGUGUGAGAGAGCGAAGAGAACGUUGAGUUCGAGUGCUCAGGCGAACAUAGAAAUCGACUCGUUGUUGGAGGGCAUCGACUUCUACACAUCGAUCACACGGGCUCGCUUCGAGGAGCUGUGCUCGGAUCUCUUCCGCAGCACGUUGGAUCCAGUUGAGAAGGCGCUGCGGGAUGCAAAGUUGGACAAGGGUGCCGUUCACGAUAUAGUGUUGGUGGGCGGUUCAACGCGUAUACCGAAGGUCCAAAAGUUGCUUCAAGACUUCUUCAAUGGGCGUGAGUUGAACAAGUCCAUCAAUCCAGACGAGGCGGUUGCUUACGGUGCGGCGGUGCAGGCAGCCAUUCUGACUGGCGACAAGUCGGAAGCGGUGCAGGAUCUGCUUCUGCUCGAUGUGGCGCCACUGUCGCUGGGUCUGGAGACAGCAGGUGGUGUGAUGACUGCGCUGAUAAAACGCAACACAACAAUCCCAACGAAACAGACACAGACCUUCACCACCUACUCAGACAAUCAGCCGGGUGUGCUGAUUCAGGUGUACGAGGGCGAGCGCGCGAUGACGCGUGACAAUAACUUGCUGGGCAAGUUUGAGCUGUCGGGUAUCCCACCAGCGCCCCGUGGCGUGCCUCAGAUUGAGGUGACGUUUGAUAUAGAUGCUAACGGCAUCCUCAACGUGUCGGCAGUGGACAAGUCGACAGGGAAGCAGAAUAAGAUCACCAUCACCAAUGACAAGGGUCGCCUAUCGAAGGAGGAGAUAGAGCGGAUGGUGAAUGAUGCCGAGAAGUUCAAACAAGAGGAUGAAAGGCAGAGGGAUCGUGUGGCAGCCAAGAAUGGGUUGGAGAGCUAUGCCUUCACCAUGAAGUCGACAGUGGAAGAUGAGAAGGUGAAGGAUAAGAUAAGCGAGUCGGAUCGAAAGAAGAUAACGGAGAAGUGUGAAGAGACGAUCAAGUGGUUGGAUGGGAACCAACAGGCGGAUAAGGAGGAGUACGAGCACAGACAGAAGGAGUUGGAGAGUGUGUGCAAUCCCAUCAUCACGAAGAUGUACCAGGAGGCAGGUGGUGCUGGUGGCAUGCCUGGAGGUAUGCCAGGAGGCAUGCCUGGUGGUGGUGGCAUGGGUGGUGCGAGUUCUGGUGGCCGUGGUCCCACUAUUGAGGAGGUUGACUAA